AUGGCCACCAACGACCUCGCCUGGCUGGAUCCUGCUCUACAGCCUCAAGCACCUGUCGAGAUGGAGACAGCCAACAAUGACAAAGUCCCUCCCCCCGACUACUCUCAAGUCCUUGAUCCCAACAAGCUCUCCGAGUUGUGGGUUGCCUACCAAAACUCGGAACUGAAUCUUAUCGGCGCCAUGAACGGUGUUCAGUCCCACUACGACGGCACCACUUUCUGGGACCGUGACAAUAGAAACGGCUACACCAACCACCAGAUCGGAGACCCUCAGGCCUGCUACAUUGCUCGCCAGAAGAGUAUGGACAACAUCCACAACAACAACAAGAUGUACGAAGACAUGGCCGACUUUGAAGCCGAGAAGCAGAAGGCUUUUGACAAGCUGUCCGCCUACAACUCGAGCAAGUUCUCAAAGGAGACUAUCCAAGGAGCCUAUCGCCAAAAGGCCGCCAAGAGGGGUGCCGCUAACCGCAAGGCCAACAAUGUCAAGCGCCAUGGGGAGAAUGUUGUGGCCAUCGUCGACGAACUUGUUGCUCUGAGAGAUUACUCCGGUGUUGUGGACGAGAAGUACAAGAAGCGUUUCGACAGACUCGCCAAGGAGGUUUUGGCUGCUACCAAGGUCAAGAUGACCCCAGAGAUUGACGCCAAACUCGCCGUUGGAAUUGCUCCUGGUGUCCAAGGUUAA